CUGCACGGUGUCCCCUCGGACGGGGUGACCGUCCCCAACGGUGACAGCUGUCCCAUCCGCUGCCUGGAUGAGCCUGCAGGAAUCCGCGAGGAGGAGGAGGAGGAAGGYUCGGGCGCUGCCCGCGCGGCGCGCCGGCGCCACAAAAACCAGCAAGCCAARCAAUCAUGGCUUCUCCGCCUUUUCGAGUCCAAACUCUUCGACAUCUCCAUGGCCAUCUCGUAYCUCUACAACUCCAAAGAGCCCGGCGUGCAGGCUUACAUCGGCAACCGGCUCUUCUGCUUCCGCAACGACGAGGUGGAUUUUUACCUUCCGCAGCUGCUCAACAUGUACAUCCACAUGGACGAGGACGUGGGCGACGCCAUCAAACCCUACAUCGUGCACCGCUGCCGCCAGAGCGUCGAUUUUUCGCUGCGCUGCGCGCUGCUGCUSGGAGCUUACUCCUCCGACAUGCACAUCUCCACGCAGCGCCACUCCCGCGGCACCAAACUGCGCCGCCUCAUCCUGUCCGACGAGCUUAAACCCAGCUCAAACAGGAAGAGGGAGAUGCCUUCSUUAGGCCCGGCUCCAGACUCGGGGCUGUCGCCUUCUAAAAGGACUCACCAGAGGUCCAAAUCGGACGCCACCGUUUCGGUCAGUCUGGGCAGCAAUUUGAAGCGCACGGCCAGCAAUCCCAAGGUGGAGAGUGAGGAGGAGGAAUUCUCCUCGAGUACGGAAAGCCUGGAUAAGUCCCUGGCUCCCCCAGUCCGGCUGGCCCCGGAGUGGGAGUUCAUCAAAUCCCUCAUGGCCAUCACCUCCACUUUUCCUCCUUUUUUCCUCUUUUUUUCCCAAACAUUUUGCUUCUCCAGCCAGUCUGGGGUGCUGCCCGAGGUUCACACCAACAGCUGUGACAACAUCUCCCAGUUCUCCGUGGACUCCAUCACCAGCCAGGAGAGCCGCGAGCCCGUCUUCAUCGCCGCCGGUGACAUCCGGUCAGGGUCCUGCAGAAAUCCUGAAAAAAUCCUGGUCGGAAUUGGGGCAGGAGAAAGUCAGGUCAGGGAAUUUGGAAUGGGAAUGUGGGAAUGGGAAUUGGGGCAGGAGAAAGUCAGGAGAAUCCGGGAAGCGUCUCCCUACGGCCACCUCCCGUCCUGGCGCCUCCUGUCCGUCAUUGUCAAAUGCGGUGACGACCUCCGGCAGGAGCUCCUGGCCUUCCAGGUGCUCAAACAGCUCCAGUUUUUUCCCAUUUUUCCACAGGUGAUGGGCGGUCUGGACGGGGACAUGUUCAAUUAUUACAAGAUGCUGAUGCUGCAGGGGCUGAUUGCUGCCCGGAAGCACAUGGACAGGGUGGUGCAGAUCGUCGAGAUCAUGCAGCAAGGUGCGAAAAUUUGGGAAUUCUCAGGGAUUUUGGGAAUUCCUGCGGAUUUUGGGAAUUUGGAGGGGUGGGAGAAGCACCCAUGGGGUUUUCAGCCCCAUUUCAAACCCCGUUCCCAUGGAUUCCCAGCUCCCCUGGGUCUCAAUUCCGUCCCCUUUUUCCAGGCUCCCAACUUUCUGACCCCAUUUCCGCCCAUUCCAACCCCAAAAUCCCACCAUUCCAACCCCAGA